UUAUUAUCACAUCACUUGGAUUCACCCUCACAGAGCUUCAUUCCCAUCGGCACAUCUCUUCCUCGCUUCACCACGCGCACUACUCUCCUCGUUUCACGGUGCAACUCGGCUCAGCAUCUCCGCCGCCGUCUUGCGCGUAUUUCCAUCCCUUAUUCGUCCCCUUCCGCAUUGUAUAAGCCGAUAUAUCGAGCAUGGAAGGAGACCCACCAGUGAUACCCACGGACUUUCUCCAAGACCUUGAUUUGUGGCUCACACAGACCGGUACAGCGUCCUCAACCUCAAACAGACAUAGCUUGGAUGUAGGCGCAGCCAACGCCGCAAUUGCGAGUCUCGAGGCUGCAUUAUUGACGCCUACAGCCCCAGUCACUGACACAGACAAGUCCGACACAGAUUCCAGCUUUGUGGCAGCCUUAACGGACGAUACGCUGCCCUGGAUGGCUCUACCAGCAGCUUCCUCAGUGGACAGAGGAUCGAUGACGUUACCACCGCCAGCUCAGAGACCUCCGACGCCUCAAAGAGCUACAAAAACGCCUGGAACAAAACCUACACGGACGAGAAAAGGGAGGCCUCCUGCUGCCAUUAAGGUGACAGAAGCAUCGCCCUUGGAGCCACCGAAAAAGAAAGGAAAGACCAAUAAAAGCACGAGUCAGAGACAGAAGGAGGAGCUCGCGUAUUUGCGUGAGAAGGCAGAGCAGCUUGAGGCCGAACUGGAGACAUUAAAGCAGCAUAAUCGACAGGAAAUGGAGAGACAACAGAGAGAAGAGGAACACAAGCAAGAAGUGCAAUUCGGAGACAUGUGCACAGCGAUGAUAGCGCCGAAUUUGGAUGAAUUCGAAGCCCCUACACAGCCUGAAGUCUCUCUAUGGGAACGGAUCGCCAAACGCCAGAGAGAGGAGAAGGCGAAAGCAGAAGUGGAGAACGUCAAGCUUCGUGAAAUGGUACAGAGUCAAAUGCGUCUAGUCAAGAGCUUUGAAAGGCUGUUACGGAAACGAAAGAUUUGGGACCAGCUACAAGAGAACAGCAAUCAGGAAAGAGGAGAAGGUCGGAAUGAAGAAGAAAUGUUUGAGACUAUGCUUCGCGAUGUGGACUCCAGAUAUCCCCACGUGGAUGCUGUAUUAGAAGAGCAUGGUUUAGGUGAAUCCGACCCCGCCGUGGACAUUAGAGACGACGCCAACAUGAAGUACUCACCUGACGACGGCAUGUAUCUUGAAUACAAGGAGAAGAAGUACAUGCCUUUCGACUAUAAAGUCAUGGAUGGCGUCGUGUGGCGGUCGUUUGGAGAGGGAAAACUCAAGCUGGAAGACACUCAAGUGACAAUUCUCAAGAACGUGGACAACGUCUUCUACUCCAGAGCAAUUAUGCCGUUAAUCCGUAAAGGUUCGAGCUCCAACGAGAAGGAACCAGGGACUUCUAGUACCUUGUCAGUCAUGAAACGAUAUGUAGAAGGCAACCGCGUGGUGUAUCUCUGGUACGCCACCUCAAGGGUGAAGCGCCCGGAGAAUGAAGAAUUAUCUCCUGUGGUUUUGGUCCAAAAAGGGUACGCGGUUUUGUCGUCUGCCACGCUCCCGGAUGGGUCUCGAGGCUGCGUUAUUCGCAGCUAUACGAGCUCUGUGCCUACAUUCCCAAGUAAACCAUCAGAGGAGGAUUCGGAACAACAACAAGCUCAAUAUCGGGAAGUAGGACUACUUACCGAAAUGGUCUUUGCAGCGUAUCAGCAGAGUCGCCAGAGUAUCAACCAGACACUUGAGAACCUCGUAUUGGACGAAAUGAUGGCCAAAAAUGCAGCACCGACUCCUGCAACGUCAACAGCAGAGACCGAUUUCAGCGUGUAAACAUCGAUAAAAGUCUCUACGUUCUUCCUCGUCCGAGUUAACAUCAGUGGAGGCAUCUAAUUCGAGGAGACAGAACGUCCAAGUGCUAUCCUGCUUGUACAAAUGCGAGAAAGUUUCAGAAAAUGCAGCUCCAAGGCUAGGCACUACAUGUACCCACUAAGCAGGAUGAGUAUUGAUCGCCGCAGACGAAGCAAUGCUGGCGUUGUGCCGCGCUUUCUCUUCUUGCGGGGUGGCUCAUAAUCAUCGCAUUUAUGAAGAAGAGACUACGCUCAAACUGUGCCGGUGUUCCGCAUGGUCUUCCAAGGCCAGGGCCUAAUGAAGCAAGCAAAUGCUUACGCCAAAUUGCGAAAUUCUGAGCGACGAUGCCACAACCUUGGUACUUAUUCCCACCGAAAAAGAGCAAGGUCGGAUCUCAAAAGCUCCGCUUUUUGAAGCCCAUGGACACAAUCGGACUGGUAUGCCGCAACCAUCUUGGCGUCAUCGAGUAGGUAAAGCCUUCAAAGUUUCUGGUCCGCAAAGCUCGCGCUCGUUCUUGGAAUUUUUGCUGAUGGAUUCGCCAGCAAGACAAAGAUACACUACAUGUACGCUCCACUAGUUUAUAUGCAAGUACAAUCAACAGUAUUGGAGACUCGACUACUCGAGUCGACUUCUGCCGACGCGGAGAUUGUCUUCCUUCCGACAAAAUUCUAGCUUGGUAGCGCGAUCAAUAAUGACCCUAACUGAGUGGGUGCAUGGAAUCAAACGGCGACGACUUUCAUCAAAAUGAUGUCGCCAGCAUAAGUGUUGUACGAAAACCUACCAAGGAUUGAAUCCUACUUUUCCUAUCUUUCAAUUGUCUGCUUCAGAAAGUUAGUUGGACAAGCACUUACGACGACAUUUUA